CCAACCAAUAAUGUUACUGUCUUCUUUGUUCUUCUCUGGUAUUAUGGCUACUAAGACCUGCGUUAGCAAGAGCCACGAGUGCCACGUAUCAAUGCCAGAUAGCGUUCUCCGUUGUAACAACGUCAUACCACGGGACCCAGCAGGCGUCACAACAGUGGAAAUAUGCUUCGAACUUCAAGCGGACAAUGAUCGGUUUGCUGUGUUCCUUGGCCACAACAGCGAGGAUUACAACUUCGUGCACGAGAACGUGGAUACGCCCCAGAAUCUCCACUUUCAGACCAUCGUGGAAACGGACCGACGCCUCGUGUGCACGGGCGACACGAACUUCCGGUUGGGUAUGGACAUACACGGAAAGGCUGUCCGCCUGAUCCAACAGUCGUACGUGGUUGUUCUGAUAGUGACGGACUCGUUCUGUACAAGCCGCUUCUGUCAGACCGAGCUUAAGUUUGCUUUGAACGAGAACAAGCUGGUGGUCGUGAUGUUGAAUGGACGAGUCAAUUAGAUCAUAAUGCCGCUCACAUUGAGAGACCUCUUCCGUAACUAAACCAGAGUCGUGUGUAUUUAAGUGGAUGGACAAUACAAACGGAAAACCACGUUGAAAAAUUUGUGCUCCAUGCUGGAAACGUAUUAAAACAAUAUGUUUCGUUGAUGAAGUUUCACGUGAAUCAUUCUGACAUGAUUUAUAUUGUAAAACAUUGACUGAAAUGUGAGAGUACUUUAUAG